GCUCGUAGGCAGGCGCGGUGCAUUGUGGUCCCCGUCGGUGGCUGUGCAGAAACAGAAAGCAUCCUGCCGCUCCUCCGCAGAGAAGCACGUCUGUACACGACACCAGAAGCUGAUUUCCAGGUGACCUAUAGCAGCCCUAAAACCAGCCAUGUCAUCGACAUCCCAAAAGCAUAAGGACUUUGUGGCCGAGCCCAUGGGCGAGAAGACUGUGAUGGCUCUGGCCGGCAUCGGACAGGUCCUUGGCUCAAGACUGGAGGAGAAAGGGUUUGACAAGGCGUAUGUUGUCCUCGGCCAGUUUCUAGUGCUUAAGAAAGAUGAGGAGCUUUUCCGGGAUUGGCUGAAGGACACUUGCUUGGCAAAUUCCAAACAACAAAAUGACUGCUUUAGCUGUCUGAAAGAAUGGUGUGAUGCCUUCCUAUAAACUGCUCAAUCAUUGUUUUCUACUACUCUAGUUCAAACUGUAUAUUACCUCUUUCAUGGGCUCUAUUCAAUCCAAAUGCACAGCAGAUAUGAAUGGGCACGACACACUUACGUUUAUGGAAGUUGGCUUGUUUUUAAAUUCUAAUGAAAAGUUGCCACAUUUCGGAAAUCCUACAUCCCCCUAAAAUAACUCACACAUGCGCUUCUCGUGGUCUUUGUCGUGUAGCUCUGGACUAGAAACCUGCAGACUGUCCAUUAUUACUGGUAUCUCAUGUCAAAAUGUCUGCUAAUGAAGACUAAUCUUUCUUCUUCAAAUCUUGGCCUUUUUGCCCCACUUUUUAAAACUCGUUAGAAAGUUCAAAGCUGUCAUUUAAAAAAAGCGUGUUUCACAGUUUGAUGUUAAUCCAACAAUGUUUAAAGGAUUUUGCGAGCAGGUGGAUUGUCAGCUUGGAGUGUUUUGCAUUUGAUGUGAGACAAGAAAUAACCCUAAAAAUGCAAAUGAUACUAGAUUUUGCAUAGAUGCAGACAUACUUUUAAUAUUAUAGUACAAACCCUUUGCCAUUUUAACUGUUGAUCCUGCAACUAAAGGAGCGAAAUGGCUGGAUUCCCCUGUGGGGUCUGCUAAAAGCUUGUUUCACCCUGUAGAUUGAAAUGUGUAUGAAUAAAAAUGCCAAUGGCCAAACUCAUAACACUGUCAAACAGGUGUCUAAGUCUUUUACCAUUGAAACAUCAGCCUUCUCUUAACGAGCAUACAAGUUUGUUACUAGAUUAGCUAGACAAUACUGCAAUUUGUUUGCCUGUAGUCGACAAAGUAGUUGCCUUAGGUGCAGGGUUCAAAGCAAAUGAGUUGCGGCCGGUUGGUGUGAUUAAAUGGUGACUGGGUUGUGACUGAUCCUAAUCAAGACCAAUAUCUAUGGCAUGAUCAGGGCCCUGUUGGUCUCUUUAUGGAUGCUAAUAUUCUGUACUUUUACAAAGGAAUGUGUUAGAAGCCCCUGCAGAACCCGACCGUGGCAUAUAAAUCAAAAACCUAAGAAAAUUGAGGCAUGACACACCCACUGUGUGUGUGUGUGGUAAAAGCUAAAAAUCCCACCCAGGCUUUGUAUUUUAUUACUCAGAUCUUCAUAGCUGAGCUUGAUAUUAACUUCAUGUAUUUGCACACUCAAGAUGCCUUAAUUUAAUGCAUGCUAGUUUACACAGUUGAGUAGAUGAACUAUAACAUCGACAGUAGUGCAUGUGUCCCAUAACGUUCCACUCACGUAAAUGAAUGCUUGCAGUCACCAGCUAAAUGAAGAUGUACCCGUUGUGUAGCGGCUCCUUGUUAAAACACUGGCUGAUGUGUUUGCAUUUCACUGUGAAAACUCAGUUUUUAUAUUUUAUCUCGAAUAAAGUCACAGAUGAGAGAAAACAA